GCUCGGCGGGAUUGCUGCUAUCUGGCGCUUGGUCUGCCGCUGGUCACCUCAGACUCUCUUAUCCCCUCGGAUGCUCGCCUAACACCCCCCCCAUCGACUCGCUCAAACUCACCGCCCAUCAUGCCUCACCACCACCACCACCACAACCACAUGCAUCCCAAGAGCACACAGCCAUCGCCGUCCUCGCUAAAGUCGUGGCUGCGGAGCAAGAUGAUCGCCAUCGUCGAGGCCGAGCAGCCCGUGCUCCAGUGGCUGCAGCAUCAUCCCAAGCUGCAGGCGCUGAUCGUGCCGUCGUAUCAUCUCGGGUUCCUCGGCACCCACGAGUUCUUUGUGGCCGUCCUGCCGCUGCUCUACUGGAACCACGAUUUUUACACCUCGCACCGCGAGUUCAUCCACUCGCUCACCUUCCUGCUCCUCAACUCGGUCAUUGCCUCGGGCUAUCUCAAGGAUUAUUUCGGGCUGCCCCGGCCGUCGUUCUCGAACAUGAAGCGGCUCUCACACGAGUCCUCGCACUCGCUCGAGUACGGCAUGCCCUCCUCGCACGCCACCCAGGCCUCCGUCGUCUCGUUCUUUGCCCUCAUCUACUUUUACUUCUAUGCGCCUGCUGCCUCGAACGGCCCGCUCUACUGGCUCGGAGGCGCCGCCCUGCUCCUGUAUCCGUUCGUGAUGGCGUUCUCCCGGGUGCUGACGGGGAUGCACGGAUUCCUGGAUGUCUCGGUGGGGCUGCUGCUUGGACUCGUGAUGGCAGCGGCUCAUGCCUUUGGAUGGAUGGCGUCGAUGGAGCAUAUGAUCUCGCACACGGUGUGGCCAGCUGUCUGGCUCACAGUCCCCGCUGCCGUGCUCUCGAUCGCCUUCCACCCGGAGCCCGACCAGGCGUGUCCCUGCUUCCACGACUCGGUCGCUGCCACCUCUGCCUCUAUCGGGGCGCUGGUGGGCUCAUGGCACUACACCCAUCUCAUCGGGGUCAGCAACGAUAUCGCCCGCUCCAGCCCCAGCCCCAGCCCCAGCCCGUCCUGGCUAGUCGCUGUCGCCGUUAUGACCGCCAAGCUCGUGGGAGGUCUGGUGGUUGUGUUUCUGACCCGAACGCUCGUCAAGCGUCUCUGCGGACAAAUCCUUCCCCUGCUCGGCAUUCAAUCCAGCCUCAAACCGGGACAGCGGGCUUCGUCUCUGCCCAAGUUCGAGCCGGAGACCAUCACCAGGAUGAUCACCUACUUUGUGCUCGGAUGGAUGGCCAUCUUCGGAGUCCCCUAUGGAUUCCAGGUGCUGGGCUUGUGAGCCGGUCGGUCCUACUCAGAGAUGCCGCCAUAUCGACCGCAUCUUGGAUCUUGGAUCCUGGUCUUUGCAGAGGGAUAGUGCCAUG